AUGACGACCACAAGCUUCGCACCCCACGCUCAUAACGAAGCCAUCAUUGUGAUGGGCGUCAGCGGCAGCGGCAAGUCGACCGUCGCGGAGGGUGUUGCGAAACGGUUGCGUGAGCUCAAAACGCCAGAGGGUCAGGCGCCGCUGGAGGUUGUGUGCUUGGAUGGGGACGACUUUCAUACCGAGGAGCAUAAGAAGAAGAUGGCUAGCGGGCAUGCGCUCACAGACGAGGACAGACAACCAUGGCUGCAGACGCUAGUCGAAGAAGUCGACAAAGCCGCCUCCAAGCCCACGCCUGACCCCAAAAUUAUCCUCCUAGCCUGCUCCAGCCUCAAACGCCAAUACCGCGACCUCCUCCGCCGCUGCCUCGUCGCGAACGGCGGUAAGAUCGACCUACUCCGCUUCCUCUACCUCGACGCGCCCCGCGAGGAGUUGGUGCAAAGGCUGAAAUCGAGACAGGGGCACUAUUUCAAGGUGGAUGGACUUGAUAGCCAGCUGGAGACGCUGGAGAAGCCUGAUCCGAAGGAGGAGACGGAUGCGAUAUGGGUGGAGCAUGUUGCGGAACACAAGGCGGAGGACGUUGUGCAGAAGUCCUUGGCCGCUUUGGGAUUCCCAGCAUCUGCGUAA